AUGGCGUCCAAAUUGGAUGCCUGCGUAGACUUGGCACUGGGGCUGGUUCUGCGCAGCGCCAUGCGCGGCAAGAAAACCGACCUCUUUGGCGUCGCGAAGCUCCAUGACAAACACACAGACAACCCUAUGCACACGAUCAGUCCCGGAAACUGGAACAACUGCGUUCUCGAGGGUCCUGAGCACUACGACUGGGACCGCAUGGCGCGAUUGAAGGACAUUGUAAGGAUCAAUUCCGACCCCGUGGACGAGCUGGAGGUGGACCUGCCGCGAUCGCUAGCCAUUGUUCUGCAGAAGAUUAUGGAGAUGAACCCGAAAAAGACGAAAAAGGAGAAAUACACCAUCUACGUCAUGUCGGACAUGCAAAAUCCGACCAAUUGGGAUCAGCUCACCGAGCUCGUGAGCACCGCUGCGAUUGGCUACAACGUCCUGAUCACGAUAGUAAACUGCAUGGCCCACAGAGACACCGAGAGCGACGUGGUGUCUGCCAAUCUUGACGAGAUCGACGAAUUGAUGACACGGCUGCAGAAGAGCGACGGCCGCGCCUCGUUGUCGUAUUUCUGUGGCCUGGAGCAGUUCCGCGACCUGCUGCGCUGGGAGAAGGAGCCUGUGCGAAUAUACCGUGCUGCGCGAUUGUUCACAGGCGAAGUGAGGCUGGGGUGCGACGUGUACAGUGUGGACCUGAAGAACUGCGCGACAGCACUGCGACUGGACAAGAAACAGCUGAGAAUGUACGCUGGCGACUACGACCCGGCCACCGACGCUGUGACCGUCAAAUUCCAGGCUGACGCGUAUCCGCUGACGAAGAGCCAGAAAAUGCAGUUCACACACGAAAUGGGCAUCCAGCACGACCCCAGCUCGGACGCUCGUCAUCUGGUCGAGCUCAAACAUACCACGGACAAGUACGUUCCUCCUGAGCCAGAUAGCCAGUCGGCGGAGCCGCGGUUUGUGGACGCGACAGAGGUCCAGGAGGCGUAUCGCUACGGCUCGUCGACGGUGCCGGUCACGUCGUCGCUCAGACAGCUGCUGAAUGUCAACACGUUCGCCGGACUAGACGUGCUACAGUUUGUGCGUCGUAAGAGCAUUCCGCCGUGGUAUUUCCACGGAGAAGCCGAGAUUCUGCUGAAUAAUCAGAACAGCUCGGUGCGCGACCAGUUCGGGUUCAACAUGCUUGCGCAGGCGCUGCUUGAGCACGAUCUGGUGGCGGUAGUGCGCUAUGUUAAGCGGAACGCGGGUGCCGUGCGAUUGGCGGCAAUGAGCCCGUGUGUCGUGUUGACGGACGCCACAAAGUACAAGCACGAGCUGCAGACGGGCGACAAGCGCAAGCUGGAGGAGAUGGACGGCGAGCCCGACCACUACGGCUUUUCUCUGGUCGCGCUUCCGUUUGCCGAGGACGAGCGGCUGUCGACGUACGCGAAGCUGAGUGGUGUAGCUGACAGCAAAGGCGGGAAUGAUUUGAGCAGUGAGGAUUUUCCGGAUGAGCAGAUGUUGCACGAGAUGGGCCGGCUCGUGGAUCUGAUGGACUUGGACGGACCGGACGGCUCGAAAAAACCAGAAGAUUACCGGUUUGUGGAGUUGAACGACCCAGAGUCGUUUCCUAUCCCAACAGAGGAGAUGCGGGGCGACGACCCGUCGAUGUUCCGUGUGAGCGAGGCCACGCGACGGCUGCUGGGACAGAACUCGCCAAAACUGCAUUACGUCUCCCACCUGAUGCGAGAGGUGUACUUGCGGCAGCUAAAAGCGGCACAGAAAAUUGGCGACAGGUACGAGACGCUUUUUGAGACGGUUGAAAAGAUGCCUGAAGAGUACAGCCGGUUUGUGGAGGAGCUGUUUGGCAGGAAGUGCGAGUUCCGCCCGCCGGCGGAGCCGCGGGAGCAGACGGCCGACAUCGACGCAGCUUGCGACCUCGUCGCGCGGCUGCUCGAUAUUAAGCCCGUCCCAGAGCCGGCGGCGGCUGCAGAACAAGCCAAAGACCAGCGGGAGCGCCCGAUGAUGUCGAUCGAUGCGCUGCUUAAUAGCGUGCUACCAGGCUGA